AUGAAGAUAGAUAAAUUACGAUCAGUCAGAGAGGGACAGCGAAGAUGUAUCGAAAUAAAGCUUGAACGAAUUGAACGAGCGAAAGAGAAUUCAUCAAUGAUAGAAUUUAACGCAAUUUUUGAAGCCAUUAUCAGUGGAGCAGAGACAAUUAAUUCCUUAAACGAAAAGAUUAUAGAACUGACGGAAGUAACGGAUAUCGAGGAGGAAAUAAUAAGCAGUGAAGAAUAUGGAUUGACGCUGGAAAUAAAGGUGAGAGAACUUCAAGCCUAUAGCAAAGCAACUAACCCGCAAAUCCAGAUGGAGGACAGAAGUGGUUCUUCAAUCGAAAACGUGAAUAAUGGUAACAGUUCUUUGCAAAAUGUGAGUACAUUUCAUUCAAAUACGUCGCUUUAUCAGAGACUGCCGAAAUUAUCGCUACCUGUAUUUAGUGGUGACAUUCUCGAAUGGCAAAGUUUUUGGGAUGCUUUUGAUUCCUCUGUUCAUCAAAACCCGAAUCUUACAGAAGUACAAAAAUUUAAUUAUUUGAAGACGCAACUAGAAGGCAGUGCGGCUAAUGUUAUUCAAGGAUUUGCACUUACGCAUGCAAAUUACAUACAAGCAGUCGAUUUACUGAAGGAGAGGUUCGGACAGAGUCAUAAAAUCAUUCAUGCGUAUAUACAGGCGUUACUAAACCUGCCAGCCCCGAGCAAUACUCUACACAGUAUGAGAAACUAUAACGACAAAUUAGAAGCUUAUAUUCGCGGAUUGGAAUCGCUAGGUCAGUGUCAAAAUACGUACGGAACUCUUUUAGUACCAGUCAUUAUAGACAAACUUCCGGCAGAAAUUCGCAAGAGUUUAGCACGAGAAAAUGGCAGCGAUAAGUGGUCAUUAGAAUCUUUACGAAAAGCGUUAUAUCGUGAACUGAAUAUCAUGGAGGCCGGACAGACUACAGAUGCUUUAGCUGGUUAUAGAACUACAGCGUCGUUUUUCACGGGCGCUAGACGGAAACCGGAAGCCGGUAGUCACGUGAUACACAGACGGAUGCACAAAACGCUUAUUGAUCAGAGAAAGUGUAUUUACUGCAAUGAAAAUCACCAUGCUAACGAUUGCACAAAGUUAAUUGAUGUGAGGGUUAAAAAGGACAAAAUAAGAAAGAAGCAUUUAUGUUUUAAUUGUUUGAAAAAUCACCAAGUAAUUAACUGCCGAUCACACUUCAGAUGCUUGAAAUGUAAAAGAAAACACCAUACUAGUAUAUGUGAAAAUUGUCCAGAUUCAAGGCCGAAAAUAAAUACCUGCCCGACAAACCUACCUUCAACCGGAAGUGAUACCUCCACUCAAAUACAGGCAACAGUUUUACACUCAAGAUUCGAAACCGACCAGACGUUUUAUUAA